UCUCAGUCAACUGCAGAAAUCUGGCAGUACUUUCCAAUUGUCAAAUUUUAAUCAACAAGCCUCAAUGUAUUUUGGGUGGGGACGCUUGCAUUAACAUUUUGUUUGUUUGUAGUAAAAUUAUAUUAACAAAUUGGUAAAACUUGAUUUAAAUUGACAGAAUGUCUUAUUUAAAAACUUCCAUAUUUUGUGCACUAGUCCUAUGCUGCUUAUUACAAACAGGUUGUGCUAUUAAAUGUUGGGACUGCCGCUCUGACAACGAUCCAAAAUGUGGAAAUCCAUUCGAUAAUAGUUCUCUAGUUAUUACUGAUUGCGCACAAGAGCCCGAGCUGGAGCAUCUGCCAGGCGUGCGACCUACAAUGUGCCGAAAGAUACGACAAAAAAUGCAUGGUGAAUGGCGAUAUUUUCGCAGUUGUGCCUAUAUGGGAGAGCCCGGUAUUGAAGGCGAUGAACGCUAUUGUUUAAUGCGUACAGGAAGCUAUAAUAUAUUUAUGGAAUAUUGUACUUGUAAUAGUAAAGAUGGCUGUAAUGUUGCCAGUCUGCUAAGUGGAAACAAAUUUGCAAUAUUACUCAGUACAACAGUGAUAGGCAUAAUUGCCUGGACACUGCGUCUUUAAUACAAAACUAUUUUACAUAUCAUCUUUCUGUAAAAUGUGCCUUUAAUGAGUGAUUCAUUGCUCGAAUACAUACAUACAUACAUCUGGAACUUAGUACAAUUAAGAACUCUUAAGACAAAUACUUAACACUUUAACUAUUCCGUCCAAAUCGAAAUAUAGAUUUAAAUUUUUUUAAAUUAAAUAUGCACUAAGCAUUAAGAAAAGUUGCAUACGAAAGCGCUGUCGAAACUUUGACAUUUCUUAUACAAAUGUUAGCAUUCCAUUUUUGUAUUCAAUAAAACCAAAGUCAAUUUUUAUGUAUUGACAAUUUAACAAUGCA